AGAGGAUUCUCAACUCAGCAGUCAUGUUGAAUAUUGAUUUUGCAGGACAUGGCUGACAGAGAACUUUGUCUGAUUGACAAAGAUAUAUCGAGUUUGUUAGAGGUGCCUCUGAACUCUAGAGUUACAUCUCUUAAUCUUCACUGUAAUCAAAUUAAGAAGAUCGAAGGAUUGACAACUGCAUGGCACAUACGACAUCUGGACCUUUCGUCCAAUCACAUCUCUCACAUCGAGGGCCUUGGAUGUCUCUCUUCCUUACGCACUCUAAACUUGUCAUGCAACUUGAUCACCAGGGUUGAAGGUCUUAAUGGACUUGUGAACCUUACCAGACUGAACUUGUCCUAUAAUAAAAUAAACGACCUUACUGGUCUGCUGUACUUACAUGGACCUGGAUACAAACUGAAACAGCUACAUCUCCAGAGCAACCAUGUGGACAGCAUGAACCAUAUGUUGCAGUGCAUGGUGGGACUGCAGAAUUUGAGAAACGUCACGCUCUAUACUGAUGACGUUGGUAAUCCAGUUUGCGCGGCUCAAGGUUACAGAGAAAUAGUGCUUCAGUCCUUGAAACAAAUUACCACUCUGGAUGGAGUGGGUCGUCUUGGCAACCCAGUACCUUCAGAGGAGGACGACCCUGUAGAUGUGCCUGGUCUUGAGGACUUUCUAGAAUUUCUGGUCUCAUCUGAUGCAGAGCCUGUCAGUUUUUAUGUAAAAUCAGAUGCACCUCUAACUACACCACGGAUCGAUGAGGUUCUGACCCAGUUUCGACAGCGUACUGAGGCUCUGGCUGAGACAGGCGGACCGGUGAUAUCAGAGAGAUUACAGCCUGACCCAGACAGACGAAGCUCAGCAUUAAACCACCAGAACAAUGAGCUUCGCAUUGAAAAGCUGGAGCAGCAAGUGUCUCAGCUCUUUCAUAAGGCUAGCGGAGAAGAUCGUUCUAAUCUGAAUGUCAAGUCAUCCUCUGCGGUACGGAAAGCAAAAAGGGACACUGAUCUGACAUCAGAGAGUGAAAAUGACAGCGGCAAAGAAAACCAGCACCGCGCUACUACCCCGGCCCGACCCAGGAGUAGCGUGGGGAAAAAGCCAACCAGACUGCCUAAGGGCAAACCAAAAUCAGACAGUGAAUCAGAGGAUCGUAAAUGGAGAGGCUCAAAGGCUGUGGUAAACCCACAGAGGAGAACAGCAGCUCAAAGAGCAGGCUCCACACAGGAUGUGGGGGCUUCAAAGAAAGGCGUGAAAACAAGCAAGGCUAAGAGGAGCGCUAAUCAAACUGAGGAAGAUACUUACAGGGCAAUAGUGGAGGAGCGUGACCAGGAGAGGGAGCGUCGCUGGAAGGCCGAGCAGGCUGUGAAAAGGCUCACAGACCAGGUCAAGAGUCUUCAGACACGGGCCAGUGAGGAGAAAGAGCUCCAGAGCAUGGCUCUGCACACUACGGAUAGGUUGAAGGAGGUGUUGUUAAAGGAGCGCUCAGACCACAGAGAGCUGCAGUCUCGAGUUGAAGAGUUGGAGGAGAGAUGGAGGACUGCAGCUGAACAGUUGGAGCAGGCCCAAAUUAGGGAGGACCAACACAAGAGGGCGCUACGCAGCUUAGAGGACGCCGCGUCCCGGGGUGAGGCCCUCAGGGCCCAGCAGCAGGCCGAAGAGAUGAAGAGAAACCAGGAGCUGGAGAAGAAGGCAGCCGCUUUGAAAAGGGAAACUGAGAUCCUCCGAGCAUCGUUACGGCAACAUAAAGACAAAUUACAGCAGCUGCAUGAGCUGCUGGCUGCCAGAGAACAGGACCACAGGAAAGAGUUAGAGUUGAGGCUGGUUCCUGGUGGCCCAGAGUUUAGAGAGGCAGUGGCGAGAGAGGUGGAGGUAGUGGAGCAGAAACAUGCUGAGAGACUGGCUGUGAUGGAGCAGAAGAUUGCCGACUCUCAGAAGCAGUACGCUGAUCUAGAGGAUGAGUUCCGCAUGGCCCUCACCAUCGAGGCUUCCCGUCUCUCUGAGGUGAAGGAGGGUUUUGACCAGGUCUCUGCAGAGCUUACACAGGUCAAGGUACUUCUGACACAGUCUCAGCAGAGAGAGAGACAGUCUGGUUCUCUGGUCCAGGAACUCACCACCAUGGUGAAGGAGCAGAAGAUUCGCAUCACCGAGCUCAUCAAAGCCAAACGAGAGUCUGUGUCUGAGCUGAAGGCGCGUAUACAGUCGCUGGAAGCUGGAGCAGAGGAGAAUAAGCAUCUCGGCCUGCAGGUGGAGCUGCUGAGAAAAGACAAGUCCAGGCUUCUCUCCCAGCUCACUGCCCAGGAGUCCGUCGUAGACGGCCUGAGAGCUGAGAGGAAAAUCUGGGGCCAGGAACUGGCCCAGCAAGGGGCGUCUCUUGCACAGGACAGGGGUCGCCUGGAGGCACGGAUUGAGGUCUUGUCCACCGAACUGGAGACACAGAAAAAACAGAAUGAGAGAGACAACGAUGCACUGAGGAUUAAAGCCAAGAUCGUUGACGAUCAGACAGAGACCAUUCGCAAGCUAAAGGAGGCGUUGCAAGAGAGGGAUGAGCAGAUCCGGAAACUGCGUGAGGAGAACCUGCAAGCCCAGCGCCAGUUUCAGCAGCAGCUGGAGGAGGAGACUGCUCCUCUGUUGGAGCUCAGAGAUCGAGUCGAGCAGCUCACUCUGAGGAAAGAGGAGCUCAAAGAACAACUUCAGGACAAGGAGACCGAAUUAGAUGAAAUCAAAGAAGCCUACAGAGCCUCCAAUAAGAAGUGGCAGGACAAAGCGGACCUACUGACAAAGCUGGAGAGUCAGGUAAAACGCAUGAAAGAAGGCUUUGACACCAGAGAGAAGGCACUUGUGGAGGAGAGGGACAAGGCCUCAAAGGCCCACAAAGCAGCUGUGGAAAAGCUUCAUGCUGUUGACGAUGCCUUCCGCAAGCAGCUGGAGUCUUUGCAGGUUUCCCAUCAGGCCGAGCUGCUCAGCCUUGCCAGUGAAAAAGAGAGACAGAUCGAGUUGGCCAAUCAAAGGGUGUUGGAGGUGGAGGAUGAGAUGAGGCAGCUUCUUCUCGAAAUGGAGAACAACAAAAGGACAAUGGAGGAGAAAAUGAGACGUCUCACCAACGUGCUGAGAGAAUUCUGA